AUGACGACACAGAGCGGCGGCCCCAUGAGGGGUCGUGUGCUACCACAAUUACUAGUGGCAUUGGCCAUUUUGGCAGUUUCUAAUGUUGUUUCGGCUGACCCUUAUGUUUAUUCAUCACCGCCACCACCACCGUACGAGUACAAGUCGCCACCACCACCUUCACCAUCGCCGCCACCACCAUAUGAGUACAAGUCACCACCACCUCCUUCUCCAUCUCCAUCUUAUGUGUACAAAUCGCCGCCACCUCCUUCUCCAUCACCACCACCACCUUAUGUGUAUAAAUCUCCUCCACCACCCUCACCAUCACCACCACCUCCUUAUGUGUACAAGUCGCCACCACCACCACCAUAUGAAUACAAGUCACCUCCACCACCACCAUAUGUAUACAAGUCCCCCCCACCACCUUCUCCCUCACCACCUCCACCAUAUUAUUACAAAUCUCCACCACCACCUUCUCCCUCCCCACCACCACCAUACUACUACAAAUCACCACCACCACCUUCACCAUCUCCUCCACCACCAUACUACUACAAAUCUCCACCACCCCCCUCACCAUCACCACCUCCACCAUACUAUUACAAAUCUCCACCACCACCUGUUAAGUCUCCACCUCCUCCUUACUACUACACUUCUCCUCCACCACCAGUGAAAGCACCACCACCAUACUACUACACUUCUCCACCACCACCAGUUAAGUCUCCUCCUCCACCAUACCACUACACAUCUCCACCACCACCAGUGAAGUCCCCACCACCACCAUACUACUACACCUCUCCACCGCCACCAGUUCACUACUACCCACCCCACCAUCCAUUGGUUGUCAAGGUAGUAGGCAAAGUAUACUGUUUCAAAUGCUAUGACUGGACCUACCCAAAGAAGUCCCACAACAAGAAACACCUAAAAGGUGCUGUUGUAGAGGUGACAUGCAAGGCUGGUGACAAGGAAAUUAAGGCAUAUGGAAAAACAAAGAUUAAUGGAAAAUACAGUAUUCCAGUUGAAGGUUUUGAGUAUGUCAAAUAUGGAGCUAAGGCAUGCAAGGCUAAACUCCAUGCACCACCGAAGGGAUCAAAAUGUAGCAUUCCAACAGAUCUUCAUUGGGGAAAGAAGGGUGCCAAACUCAAGGUGAAAUCCAAGGAUAAGUAUGAAGUUGUGCUCUAUGCGAAAUCGUUUGCUUAUGCUCCUAAGACUCCUUACGAGGAGUGUAAGAAGCUGAAGCCGAAGCCAACUCCGGCUCCGUACUACUACAAGUCUCCUCCACCACCAUCGCCGACUUAUGUGUACAAGUCUCCACCUCCUCCAGCACCUACUUAUGUCUACAAAUCUCCACCACCACCAACACCGACUUAUGUGUACAAGUCUCCUCCGCCACCUACACCAAAAUAUGUGUACAAGUCUCCACCACCACCAACCCCGACCUAUGAAUACAAGUCGCCACCGCCUCCAACCCCGACCUAUGAAUCCAAGUCGCCACCGCCUCCAACACCUACCUAUGUAUACAAGUCUCCACCACCACCUUCACCAAAAUAUAUCUACAAGUCACCACCGCCUCCGACACCUACUUAUUCCCCUCCACCACCAUCACCUUCUCCUCCAGACCCUUACUACUACAAGUCCCCACCACCACCAUCACCCUCACCUACACCAACCUACUAUUACAAAUCUCCUCCACCACCAUCGCCAUCUCCUCCUCCUCCAUACUACUACAAAUCUCCACCACCACCAUCACCAUCACCUCCACCACCAUACCAUUACACAUCUCCCCCACCACCAUCGCCAUCUCCUCCACCACCAUACCACUACACCUCUCCCCCACCACCCUCACCAUCACCUCCACCACCAUACCACUACACCUCUCCACCACCGCCAUCACCCUCACCUCCUCCUCCCUACAUUUACAAUCACCUCCACCACCAGUCUACAUCUAUGCUUCUCCACCUCCUCCAACCCACUAUUAAUCAUCAAGAAGUUGGUCGUUUUCAUCUGGCAGUCAUCAUUCCAUUACAACCACAUAAUAAAGGAGGGCUUCCAGUGGGCAAGAUUCAAGAAUCAAAUAUUCAGCGAAAUUAG